CGAGUUCGGUCCAGCCACCCAGUCGUCAGUGGAUCGUUGCGCUCAGACGUCGCUGGCCGUGUGUGUUUAUGCGCGUUCCUUCGUAUUGCGGCCCCGCCGAUCUCUUAUUUUCUCAACACUUUUCUCCGUGUUGACAGACAACGCCGGUCUGCUCUAUGACGUACAACCACUUUAGAUAAUAAUUCAUUAAACUCGGCUUCGUUUUAUUCGUCCUUCCAAACGGAAAAAAUCACACUUAAAAAAUAUAGCGAGCUCAUAGUUACCGAUUAUAUUGUUCUAGCGGUUCGAGUUAUUAUUUACAGUAGUACUUAUUAUAUAAUAUAGUGAUAUUUAUGAAAAUCGUGAGUUUCCGUUUGAAAUAAUCGUUUUAUUGAUUAGAAUUUAGAGUGAAUUUUUUUUUUUUUUUUUGGAAAGCACCUUUUUUGUUUGCUUUGAGCUUGUUAUUGAAUUUAAACCGAACGAUUUGUGAUAACACGGUGAAAAUGAGGACUCUAGUAGCCGUUACGUUUGUAGCGGUGUUAUCAAUUUUAAUUUUUGGCGCCAACUCAACUCACACUAUUAUUACUCCGACCGUUAAAUCUGUCAUGUUAAAAAAUGUCGCCAAUAAUACGAUCCUAGUGCCAGUCAAAAGCCCCGUCACUCCAACCAAAAGACCUAAGCCUCAUGUCGAUUGCACGUUAAGGCAGCAUACUUGCGGCAAUGGAAAAUGCGUACCUUUAGCUUGGACUUGUGAUGGCGAUGACGAUUGCGGGGACAACACUGAUGAAUCGCUAGAGUUGUGUAAAAAUGCUCUGAUAAACAAUACAUGUCCAGAAAACGAAUUUAAAUGCAAAAAUGGGCAUUGUAUAUCGGUUCACUGGCUUUGUGACAAUGAAGAAGAUUGCAAAGAUGGCAGUGACGAGAGCGAAAGUAUAUGCCGUUUAGCAAACAAUAGAACCUGUAAAGAGGGACAGUUUGAAUGCCAAAAAGGAGUAUGCGUGUCUCGGAGUGUUUUGUGUGAUGGCUACCCAGAUUGCCCUAAUGGUGCCGAUGAAGAGUACCAUUGUAAGAAACGGGUAUGCAAUGCAGACGAGUUCACUUGCAGAGGAACCAAAGGAGAAUGCAUACCUUUGACUUGGAUGUGCGACGGUAACCCUGACUGCUCGGACGGUUCGGAUGAAAAGGAAUGCAAUGAAACUUGUAGAGAUGAUGAGUUCACAUGUAGCAACGGCAAAUGCAUACAAAAAAUUUGGAAAUGUGAUCGUGACGAUGACUGUCAAGAUGGAUCUGACGAGCGUGACUGUCCUAACAUAACUUGCUCCCAGUCAGAAUUUGCCUGUGUUAAAGAUAAUAUAUGCAUCUCUUUGAACUGGAGAUGUGACGGUGAUUUUGACUGUACUGAUAAAACGGAUGAAUUAGGAUGUGAGGGUACAACUAGGGUGUCCGAGUGUAGAGCUGCCGAGUUCGAGUGCGAAGAUCGUAGCCAUUGUAUCAUGCAAUCUUGGGUGUGUGAUGGCAGUGUGGAUUGCGCAGAUGGUUCUGACGAAUCUCCUCAACGAUGUCAUAACACCACUUGUCGAUCGGAUCAGUUCCGAUGUAGAGACAACACGUGUAUUCCUGGAUUUCUAUACUGUUCUGGUACGGCAGAAUGUGCGGACGGUAGCGAUGAAGAAAAUUGCAAAGAACCAGUGCAUAAAUGUGAUCCUUACAACGAAUUUGAAUGCGGAGGAGGCGUUUGCAUAUCAAUAAACAAAGUAUGCGACAAAAAACCAGAUUGUCCUGGUUUUGAAGAUGAACAGCAAGACAAUUGUAAUGUCAACGAGUGUCUGAUUAAUAAUGGUGGCUGUUCUCAGACUUGUAUUGAUCUACCACACACGUUUAGAUGUGAUUGCAAACCUGGAUUUAAGCUUACUAAUAACAACACAUGUGAAGAUGUAAAUGAAUGUGAAAUUCAGGGUAGCUGUUCCCAGAUUUGUAUCAAUGAGAAAGGAACAUAUAAGUGCGAAUGCCACCAGGGAUAUCUUCGAGAUCCACAAGAUCACACACGGUGCAAAGCAAUGGAAGGCCACGCUUCUCUAUUAUUCUCAAUGCAACACAACAUCCGAAAGAUAUCACUUGACCAUCGUGAAAUGUCUGCCAUUAUUAACAGUACCAAAUCAGCGACCGCUAUUGAUUUUGUAUUUCGAACCGGUAUGAUAUUCUGGGGAGAUGUAUCCGAGAAAAAAAUCUACAAAGCACCUAUUGAUGAAGGAAGAGAGCGAUCCAUUGUAGUUGAAAGUGGUUUAUCAUCAGCUGAUGGUUUAGCCGUGGACUGGAUAUAUGGUCAUAUAUACUGGACAAAUGCCGAAAAAGACUCUAUCGAAUUAGCUAACUUUGAGGGAAACAUGCAAAAGACUUUGUUUAAAUCUGAACUCAAGGAACCUAGAUCGAUUGCCGUAGAUCCACUUAGAGGAUGGUUAUAUUGGACUGAUUGGGGAAGUGAAGCGAAAAUCGAACGAGCUGGCAUGGAUGGUACUCAUCGGCAAGUCAUUGCAUCAUUUGAUGUUAAAUGGCCUAAUGGUCUUACUUUGGAUCUCGUUUCUGAGCGGUUGUAUUGGGUAGAUGCAAAGCUGCACUCAAUCUCGUCCUGUAAUUUUGACGGUAGCCAACGCCGUUUAGUGUUAUUCAGUCCAACUUGGUUACCUCAUCCUUUUUCUAUAUCAACAUUCGAAGAUUCGUUGUAUUGGUCCGACUGGAAUAAGAAGGCUAUUAUCAGAGCAAACAAAUUUAACGGUUCCAAUGUAACUACUGUUACGUCACUGCAUAUGGCACAAAAUCCUAUGGUAGUACACGUAUAUCAUCCCUACAGACAACCUGAUGGCAUAAAUCAUUGUGCCGCUGUAAACGGCCACUGUUCUCAUUUGUGUCUUCCAGCUCCUCAAAUCAGCGAUAAGUCACCCAAAAUAACUUGCGCUUGUCCAAAUGGUCUUAUGCUAAUGGCUGAUGGUUUAAUGUGUGCUGAAGAAGUCAAGAAUACAGUGGUUUCAAUGAAACCCAAUUAUAAAAAAACCGGUUCAAUGACACUGAUACAUAUGAACAGGACCAUGAUACCAACAAAUGUUGUCAAUCAUAAAGAACAAGAAGAUAAUGGGCUCAUAGCAGCAGUCAUUAUAUUUUCGGGAACAUUAUUGAUAACUCUGGCAGCUUUGGGAGCUUUCUUGCUAUACAGACAUUACCUCCACCGUAAUGUUACUAGCAUGAACUUCGAUAAUCCAAUCUACAGAAAAACUACGGAAGAUCAAUUUACAUUAGAAAAAAGUCAAUAUCAACCAGCUAGGAUUUAUCCGACAUCAAUUGGCGAAGAGGCCCAAGAGCCAUUGACGAGACCUGGAACUAAUGAUUAUGUCUGAAGUAGACCGUUAUAGUUUUUUAAAUAUAACUAUUACACUAGUCAAUGAUAAAUUACAUUAAACAAUUACGUCCAAUUAAUAACAAAUAUCUAAGAAGUUACCAAAAUCUUUCGUCUAGAACGUAAUAAAAGUGUUCAAUCAUUUCAAAAAAUUCUGAAUUUUAAAUUAUUUUCUGUCAAAAUUAAGCAGUGGAGAUAUUUCUGAAUUUUUUUUUUAAUCAAAGAUAUAAAGAUUACUUUAUUCUUGAGCUAUUUUUUUUUAAACGUUACAGUUCCUAUUAUUUACUUUUAUUAAUUUAUAUUAUUAUGUUAGUGUAAAAAUGUCUAGUAACAUUUUAUUUAAGCUACUAUAUACGGUUUGCCUUAAUGACAGAGGUAUGAUGUGUCAAAGCGGUUAUCUUGUUGUAUAAUUUAUUAUUGUUUUGCUCAAACUAGAAAUCCUUCGAUCUGUGUCAAAUCGUAAUUUUAUUUAUUAUUGAUCAGUGAAUAUUAUAUAAUAUCUUUUAUUAAUUUUUGGAUUAUUUAUAAAAAAAAUAAUAUUUAUUUUAUCGAAUUAUAAACAUGUGAAUAGUUUGCAUAGUUGUAUUGUUGUGUAGCCAAUUUAACAGCUAUUCAUAUUUAUUAUAAAAAGUAGUCCUGUUAUAUAUUUACAAAAAAUGUCUAAGCUUUAUUUCCUAAAUUAUCUCAAGAGAACAAAAUGUGUUUUACUUACAAUUGGAUUUAUUAAAAUUUAUUAUUAUAUCUUGUAUGUUAUCAUAUAUUGUGGUGUAUAAAAAAGAACCAGUGAGGUGUUAAUAGUGGAUAGUUCUAUUGUUCAUACUAAUUUUAAUAAACCCAUUACUUUUUUCCAGUUCUAUUGUAAAUUUUUAAAUGGCUAAAAUACUUCCUUAAAAAUAAGUAGUAUUUAAUUCAUUAACUAUUCUGAAAAAAUAUAUUUCAUAAAAUGAGAUUAUUUUUAUGAUUGUAAAACCUUGUUAGAUAAUAAGUUUUUAUUAUUUAACUGUGAUUUUUUUUUUUUUGAUAAUAAUUUGGUUAAUAGAAAAAUUCACUUUUUGUAAACUUAAUAAAUUAGAUAAUUGGUUUGUUAA